GGCACAGUCGACAAACAAAUCUGGUACAAAAAUCGACUUGUGCCAGAUUUGGUACAAUCGUUAAAUUUAGCUAAUUUAACGCAGCUAAAAAACUGCGUUACAUUAGCUAAAUUAUUAGCUAAUUUAACGCAGGUUUUAGAUUUUUCUGUUCAUGUCUUGGGAUUAUAUUGUUGUUUAAUGUCCUGCUAUUCGAAGGAUAUUGUCGUGAAAGUGGAACAUUUUCUACAGAAGAAAAUUUCUACGGUCUGAGCCCAGACGUAGCUGGUUGCAUGUCGCCUAGCCAGUCAGUAGUUGUCCGAAUCACUGAAGGCAUUUUGUGAGCAUAAUACGGAGGACAAUGCAGAGACAGACUGGCGAACACUCCAUUUUGAGUUCCUCCGAAACCCAUUCUGAAGAUGAAGCUGAACUAUCGUCAGAGGUUUUGCUUAGCGUCGUGGCUCAUCAGGGGCGAGUGGGUUUAUGUUUUUAUGACAGUAAAGACUGCUGUUUGAACUUCAUGGUUGACACUCCUGACAACGAGCUUCAACAACUGGGCAGAGUUGUAGCAGAGGUCUCUCCGACUGUCAUUGUUAGGCGUGCCAGACAGGAGCGCUACAUUACCCAGUUUCUGGAUCAAUUAAAUUCCAGCCUUCGCUGCAAACCCGAAGUGGUCAUUUAUCCAAAUGCUGACUUUGAUCUGGAAGUAGGGAAACAGAGACUGCUGGCUGCACAUCUGCCUUUCCUCUCCACUUCAAUUUCACCCCAAGAUAAAUUUGCUUACCUCUCUUCAUGCAUCUCUUUUGACUCCCCUCUCAUGAUGAGGGCAGUAGGUGGUCUUCUUAAAUGUUUGGACAAGAAGAGAGUAGGUGUUGAGCUGGAAGACAGCAGUGUUGGAGUUCCCAUCAUAAAGAUCCGCGCCUACACACUACGCAACAUAGUCUUCAUUGACCAAGACACAUAUAGUGCACUCAACAUCUUCAAAUUAGAAAGUCAUCCAUCCGUUUACAAGCUACAGUCAGGAGAAAGGGAAGGCUUCAGUCUAUAUGGGAUAUUAAACCGUUGCAAGUCCAAGUUUGGAUCCAUACUGCUACGUCAGUGGUUUAUGCGUCCAACAUUCGACUUAAAUGUGCUGCACAGAAGACAGGACGUGAUUUAUUUCUUCAAGUUUCCUAGGAACAGUGAUCUCCUCACAGCCAUGCAGUCGAUGCUGCAUAAUAUGAGAAACAUCCCGAGUCUGCUGCACAAGAUGUCACUCCACAACAUCAGAGUGAUCGAUCUGCAGAAUCUCUAUCAGGCGGUGGUCAGUGCUGUUCGCAUGAGAAACACUGCUCGGCAGCUUCCUCAGUCAAUUGAGCUUUUUCAAGAAAUCAGUGAAGGUUUCUCUGACGAGCUCCUGCAUAUCGCCAUCCUCAUCAAUCGUGUUGUGGAUUUUAAUACCAGUGUUGCAGAGAACCGCUUUGUACUCAAACCAAAUGUGGAUCCUGCAGUUGAUGAGAAAAAGAGGAUGUUGCUGGGGCUGUCUGGCUUCCUCACCAAUGUUGCCAGGCGGGAACUUGAACAACUUGAUGUUGCCAUCCCUUCAUGCGGCGUCACGUACAUCCCUCUGUUUGGAUUCCUGCUCUCUGUGCCUCGGCUGCCCAGGAUGGUAGCGCGAGAGGAUUUUGAAAUCAAGGGGCUUGACUUUGUGUUUCUGUCCCAGGACCGCUUGCACUACCGAAGUCCCAGAACUAAGGUGCUGGAUGAACUCGUCGGGGACUUGCACUGUGACAUCAUAGACAUGGAGACUACUGUCGUGAACAAGCUGCAGAAGGGAAUACUCGAUAGAAGUGCUUCCCUCUACAAGGUUGUGGAUCUUCUAGCAGAGUUGGACUGCCUAAUGGCUCUGACUAAUGCAUCUCUUGAGUAUGGCUUCACCACACCAAAGCUAACCAAUAACAGGAGAAUUUCGAUCAUGCAUGGCAGUCACCCUCUGUUAGAGUUGUGCUCCCCUUUCUUUGUGCCAAACUCCUAUGAAAGUCUAGAGUCUGAAGGCAGAGUCAAGGUAAUCACCGGGCCGAACUCAUCUGGAAAGAGCAUUUAUGUGAAACAGGUCGGCCUGAUUGUUUUCAUGGCUCUCAUCGGCUCGGAUGUGCCGGUGAAAGAGGCAGAGAUCGGUCUGGUGGAUGGAAUCUUCACAUGCAUGCCGAGCAGAGAGUCUGUAUCAGCGAGCCUCAGCAUGUUUACAAGAGAACUCAACAAGAUGGCCCAAGCUCUCAACUGCAGCACUGGCAACUCUUUAGUUCUCAUCGAUGAAUUUGGCAGAGGAACAAAUACAGUGGACGGGCUUUCUUUGCUGGCCGCCUGCGUCUCUCAUUGGCUGAGAAAAGCUGAAGACGAUGUUCCUCACGUCCUGCUGGCAACUAACUUUAACAGUCUACUGCGGUUGGGCCUUUUGCCGUCCUCCUCCAUUCUUUCCCCGCUGACUCUGGAGACGGCAGUGGCUGGAGAUGAGUUGGUGUUUUUGUACCAGCUAAAAGAGGGUGUAUGCCAGUCCAGCCAUGCUGCCCAUGUUGCCGCACUAGCAGGCUUGCCAAACACUCUUGUUCAAAGAGCGAAGGAGGUGUCUGACUUGCGCAGAGCUGGCAAGCCAAUUACCCAAAGGGACAGAGCAUCAUCAGCUGAACGGGCUAAGAGAUGGAAAUCUGUGGUGGACAAGUUCUUAAGCAUAGAUCUGGAUGACAAAGAUCUGGACCUGGUCGCCUUCCUGAAAAAGGAGAUUUCUGCAGUGCAGCUGUGAACCAGAGCUUAGCAUUUGUUCAAGGAUUUCUUCGUAGGUUCAGAGGUUGAUACAAAGUUAAUGUAAGUGCACCAACUUAACCUUGGGAUAAGGUAAAUGUUGUUAUUUAGAAGCAUUUCAAUUGUUCCCUUUUGGUGUAUUCAAAUACUCUAGUUUUAAAAAAGACAUAAAAAAUAUUACUCUUGCUUGAAAUUGGAAGAAAAAUAUACAUUUUUCAUCAAUAAAAAAAACAUGGCUGUUCCUGGCCUGGUGGAUGCACCACUCCUUCAUUAAUCGCUUGGUUUUGGGUCCAUUACAACUCAACGUGAGACUCCAGUGACGCACCAAGCAGCUAGGAAAAGUGCAGCGUGGUGCAAACCCGUGAGCGGCUGAUGCUUGUGUGCUGAGUUGCAGAAGUGGGUGUCACAGCAAUGUUUAGUCAUGACAAAUAAAGUG